AUGAAUGAAUCUGCAAAACCUUCUACGCCUGCAUUGCUCACCUCUUUGGAUCCCAUUGGACCCAUUGGAAUUAAUGAGUUUGCUAUCGCUAAAGUUAAACAGUGGGAAGAGAUUAGUGGCGUUGAUGAGCAUUAUACUCCAAUCAGAACUUACCAAGUGUGCAAUGUUAUGGAUCACAGCCAAAACAAUUGGCUGCGAACAAACUGGAUUCCACGCAAUUCAGCUCAGAAGAUAUAUGUGGAGCUCAAGUUUACCUUGAGAGACUGUAAUAGUAUCCCUCUAGUUCUGGGCACUUGCAAAGAGACCUUCAAUCUGUAUUACAUGGAGUCUGAUGAUGACCACUUGGUAAAGUUCAGAGAACAUCAGUUUACAAAGAUCGACACCAUUGCGGCUGAUGAAAGCUUCACCCAGAUGGAUCUUGGGGACCGAAUUCUCAAGCUGAAUACAGAAGUGCGUGAGGUGGGGCCUAUCAGCAGGAAAGGCUUUUACUUGGCUUUUCAAGAUGUAGGUGCGUGUGUUGCCUUAGUCUCGGUGCGAGUGUACUUCAAAAAGUGCCCUUUCACCGUCAAGAACCUCGCCAUGUUUCCAGAUACAGUACCCAUGGACUCCCAGUCACUGGUGGAGGUGCGGGGUUCUUGUGUCAAUCAUUCCAAGGAGGAAGAGCCACCCAAGAUGUAUUGCAGUACGGAAGGAGAAUGGCUAGUGCCCAUAGGGAAGUGCUUGUGUAAUGCUGGCUAUGAAGAAAGAGGCUUUGCGUGCCAAG